CAAUCCACCUUCAUUAUAGCCUUGUCAUUUUUCUGUUGAGUUACAACUGUAUACAGUAGAUUACGAAAGGUGGUUUCUAAAAGUUGUGAAAUACUUAGCAUUCGCCAAAGCAUGAGUGUUUUGUUGCAGACUUCAAGAGGAGAUAUUGUUGUUGACCUUUUCACAGACCUCGCACCUUUAACUUGUAAAAAUUUUCUCAAACUUUGCAAGAUCAAAUAUUAUCACCUCUGUACUUUUCAUUAUGUUGACAAGGGUUUUGUUAUACAAACAGGUGACCCGACAAAUACAGGUAAAGGAGGUGAAAGCAUAUAUGGAAUUUGUUUUGGAGAACAAGCACGAUACUUUGAAGACGAGUUCACUCCCAAGCUUCGACAUAAUCGCAAAGGACGAGUUUCUAUGGCUAAUGCCGGUCAGCCAAAUACUAAUGGCAGUCAGUUUUUUAUUACUCUUAGUGAUCAGUUGGACUACUUGGAUGACAAAUAUACCAUUUUUGGUCAAGUAGAAGAGGGUUGGGAAACAGUUGAAGCAAUAGAAUCGGUCCUUGUUGACGAAAAGAAGAAACCUUUUCAAGUUAGUCGCAUCUAUCAUACGAUUAUAUUGGACGACCCUUUUCCUGAUCCACCAGGUAUGCCACCCAUACCUUCUUCUCCUGAACGAGAUGGAAACCAAAAUGUCGUGUCCUCUGAAGUACGACUAGAUGAUGAUGAAAUCUGGCAAGAAGAGGAAGGAAUGGAUAGUGAAGAGAGAGAAAAGUUGAGACGUAGAAAAGAGGCACAUUCUCGUGCAGAGGUUUUAGAGAUCAUUGGAGAUAUUCCUGAUGCAGAAGUUAAACCACCGGAUAAUACAUUAUUUGUUUGCAAGUUGAAUCCUGUGACUCGUUCCGAAGAUUUGGAACUUAUUUUUUCUCGGUUUGGUGAAUGCAAGGCUGAGAUAAUUAAAGACAAAGUUACUGGCGAGUCCCUAUGUUAUGGAUUUAUAGAGUUUCCUGACCGUAAAGCUUGUGAACAGGCAUUUUUUAAAAUGAACAAUUGUUUGAUUGAUGAUCGAAGGAUAAGAGUAGAUUUUUCACAAAGUGUUGCCAAGUUGUGGAAUCGUGUUCGUCAAGGCCAUUGUAUUCGUUUAGACGAGGACGAAUCGCUUCAAAGUCACGGAAAACGAUCCUAUCACAAUGAAUAUGUAUUCGAUGACUUGGAAGAGAAAGCCUUGUUUCAAGAGCAUCGUAGAAGCUCUUACUCCAAAACUUCAAAAAGGUACAAAUAACUAACAAAUGACGAAAGAACAAGUUGUUCUGAUACCAAUGCGUCGUGGAUUCUUUUUGAGAACAAAAUGUUAUUUGUAAAUAUAACAGACAAUGUGACUACCAUUUUUGCACAAUAUUCUUUAUAACUUUAUUGGAUAUUCAAAAUUCCAGUUUCUUAGGUAUUUCCCAAGUAAACGUCGAUUCUACUUUGGGAUCUCUGCCAAAGUGGCCAUAAGCUGCAGUCUGCUUAUAGAUAGGCCUUAACAAAUUCA